AAUAAAAUAUAUAAAAAAAAAGUUUCAAGGAAGAAGGACGGUUUGUCAAACGAGACCAUGGCUAGCGCUAUUAAACGUGUCAUACCAAUGUUGGAUCGCAUCUUGAUUCAACGUGCAGAGGUGAAGACUACAACAGCUGGUGGAAUCCUGCUUCCCGAGGAGUCGGUGCCCAAGGAGAUGCAGGGCAUUGUCGUUGCUGUCGGUCCCGGGGCUCGUAAUCCAGGUGGAGCUGGACACUUGAGCGUUGGCGUCAAGGAAGGAGAUCGUGUCCUGUUGCCCAAAUAUGGCGGAACCAAGGUCGACAUGGAUGAUAAACGCGAAUAUGUACUCUUUCGCGAGAGCGAUAUUCUAGCUAAGCUGGAAUAAUCAACUUGACACAAAUCUAACACAAAUCAAACACACACAAUCGUGCACUUACAAUGGGGCUCAGAUUACUUUGACAAGACUUUAACACGCUAAAUACACUAAUAUUACACUAGUUAAUAUCCUUGUUGCGGGAGGACGACCACACACAUGCGGGAGGACGACCACACACAUGCGACAUGCGUUCGAAAUUAAAUAUUUAUUUGGUAGCUAACACACACUUACAUUCACAAAUUGUAAUACACUAAUUUACACAUUUUACACAUACACAAUUGGCAAAACAUUUGCAAUUUUGUAAGGACAAUAAACAUUUGUUAAGAUGCGCUUUUAUAUACCAAUGGCAAAACAAAAAUCCAAA